UUAUUAUCCAAAGCUUCCGAUAGACAAGAAUAUGUAUCAAACAAAACAUGCACAGACAAAAACAUUACUGGAUAAAGUUCUGAUCCACUGAAAUCAGUCAAUCAUUUGAGUGAACAAAAGAAAUAAUUCCUUUCGAUUUAUCUUCAUUCAGUUCACUUAUUCUUUCUGAUGACGAUGAUGAGAACAAGAAAUCUUAAAUUACAAUCUAAUUGGGUUUCAAUUUUCUCUCGGUAAAAAACACAAACACAUCAUGGGUGACAAUCCUUCACCACUAGAACAACAGCAACAACUCCUAAAGAAGAUUCAGGAACUUGAAGCAGGACAUGCUCAUCUCCAAGAUGAAAUUACCAAAUUGACUCUCUCUGCUAGACCAGGUCACAGGAACAACAAUCAGAGGUCUCACUCUGUAUCACCACAAAGAUCCAGAUUUUCAAGAAGAGGUGGUGAUGAAGAAAGGAAUAGGGGGAACUCUGGUCAAUGGAAAAUGGGUUCUGCUUCAUUUGGACAUUCUCCUUUACAGAGAGUCAAUAGUAGUAAUAGUAUCAGUAGAAGAAGACCUAGUGCUGAGUUUUCAAAUCCUAGUAAAGGAAGUGAAACUGCUGUUGUUAGUUUUAGUAAUAAACAGUAUCUUAAUAUCUUGCAGUCCAUGGGUCAAUCUGUUCAUAUCUUUGAGCCUAAUGGUCGCGUAAUUCACUGGAAUCAAAUGGCUGAGAGCCUCUAUGGUUAUUCUGCAUCAGAAGCGCUUGGUCAGGAUAUUCGCACUCUUAUUGUUGAUUCCAGAGACUGUGAUGAAGCUAAUCAAAUAGUGGAGAGGAAUUCCUUAGGGGAGAAUUGGACUGGACAGUGUACUGUCAAGAAUAAACAAGGGGAAAGGUUUCUUGUCCUUGCAACCAAUACGCCGUUCUAUGAUGAUAAUGGUAGUUUGGUUGGGAUUAUUAGUGUAUCUGGAGAUACUCAGCCCUUUCGAGAGGUUGUAUUCCCAUCUUCUGAAAGAAAAUUUCCAGAAGUGUCUACCAGGAGUAGUCCAACUAGUAAUACUGGUGUUGAUUCUCAACAACCUCUGCAAGUUAUGAUUGCCUCAAAGAUUUCGAAUCUGGCGUCCAGAAUGACCAAUAAAGUCCGAUCGAAAAUGAAGACGAGUGAUAACACCUUAGAAUACGAAACGCGUGAUGCAAAUUCAAAUAGCCAACAUUUUGAUCGUUGGGAGGUUCCAUGUUCCAGUGGAGCUAGCUCGCCUAGGGGAGACUUAUCCUCGACUCCCUUCGGUGGUCAUUCUCAGGGUUCUCUAAGAUCCCAGGAACAGCCCACAGGACAUUCUGGUGAUGAUGGUGAUGGGAAGAUUGGGAUCCACAUGAGAAUAACCUCCAAGGCAGAGGCUUGGAUUGGCAAGAAGGGGAUAUCCUGGCCAUGGAGGGGAAGUGAACAGGAUGGGUCAGUAGCAAGGACUACACGUGAUGUUACGGUUUUGAAUGAUGAACAUGAAAUUGAUGAUCAGCAGAAGAGUUCUGAUACCAUUGUAAAGCCGGAAAUCCAGGUUGUAGGUAGGAAUCAAUUUGAAAAUGAAGCCCCUGGUUCUUGGUCUUCUUCUCUGAAUGCUACCAGCUUAAGCAGUGUAAGCACUAGUGGUAGUAACAGUAGCAGUGGUAUUCGUGAAGUUGAUAGGGAAACAUGUUCGUUGGAUUAUGAUAUUUUGUGGGAAGACUUAACGGUUGGAGAACAAAUAGGGCAAGGUUCAUGCGGCACUGUGUAUCAUGGUCUUUGGUGUGGCUCGGAUGUUGCAGUAAAGGUAUUUUCAAAGAUCGAGUACUCGGAUGAUUUGCUGCGUGCCUUUAGACAAGAGGUAUUACUUAUGAAGAGGCUGCGACAUCCAAAUGUGCUACUUUUUAUGGGGGCAGUAGCAUCACCUCAGCAUAUGUGCAUUGUCACCGAGUUCCUGCCACGUGGAAGUUUAUUUCAGUUCCUUCAAAGGAGCACCCAGAAAUUAGAUUGGAGGCGACGUGUUCUCAUGGCCUUGGACAUUGCACGGGGUAUGAAUUAUCUUCAUUGCUGCAACCCACCUAUUGUCCACCGAGACUUGAAGUCGUCAAAUCUAUUGGUUGAUAAAAACUGGAAUGUGAAGGUCGGAGACUUUGGUCUCUCAAAACUCAAACAUCAAACAUUUCUCUCAACACUGACUGGAAAAGGAACGCCGCAGUGGAUGGCUCCCGAGGUUCUCCGUAACGAGCGCUCAGAUGAGAAGUCUGAUGUAUAUAGCUAUGGAGUAGUAUUGUGGGAAAUUGCCACGCAGAAGAUUCCUUGGGAUAACUUCAACUCAAUGCAGGUAGUUGGAGCUGUAGGCUUCAUGGACCAACGACCUGACAUCCCAAAAGAAAUGGAUCCACGAUGGGUAUCCAUAAUUGAGAGCUGCUGGCACAGUGACCCAAAAUGCCGACCGACAUUCCAGGAACUCCUAGAGAUAUUAAAAGAUCUGCAGAGACAGUAUUCCGUUAAAGCCCAAGCAUCCCGCGUAGCACAAGGUCGUAGUACUACAUUGGCACCAGAUAUUUGAACUCCGAUUUUAUCUAUAUAUGGAUAGUAUCAUCAGCACCUAAAAGUUCAGGUGUACAAAUGGAUUCAUCUUUGUCAAUUAGGUUGUCCCUUGCAACCUCAUAAGCUCUAAUUGGAGCUUGUGCUUUUAUAUAUAGCAUUAUAUAUGAAAAUCGCAUCAUACAUGUAUGCUUGUGCUUUUGUAUGUUGGCGCAUAAGCAUCAAAUAUUUUUGUUGUAACAAAACAAAAAUAUGUCUCCGCACUACCUGGUGAAAUCGCUUGAAAAUGAUCACCAUUUAAUCAGUUUGUUUCUUGUUCUCCUUGAA